CAGAGAAGUUCCAACUGGCUGGACACACAUUUCAAGUGUUGUUGCUGUUCUUCUUCUUGUUGUGCACGACUUGGAUUUUUGGUAGGAAUUGAAAAUGCCAGCGCCCAAAAUGACGUCCGAACUAGACGAAAGUUUAGACAAAAGCAACAUAAAGUGUGUCCUGGUCGGAGACAGUGCCAUUGGCAAGUCGUGUUUAGCGGCCAGAAUUACAAAUAACACUUUCCACACGGAGUAUCUACCAACAUUAUUUGAUAACUACGCUGUUACCGUUAUUGUCCAGAAUGAACCUUAUGUGCUCAGUCUAUUUGAUACACCUGGACAGGAUGAAUACAUACGUCUGCGGACCAUGUCCUACAUGAAAUGUGAUGUGUUUGCCGUCUGUUUCUCUGUGGUCAAGCGAGAGAGCUACAAACAUGUUUCGGACAUUUGGUUACCCGAGAUCCGACGCUACCUUCCCAACACACCGUUCUUGCUGGUCGGCACGCAGACUGACCUCCGCCUGUCAGGAGUCACCACGGGAGGUGGCGUCAACAACGGAAGCAACAACAACCCUCUCAAACCCGUCGUGUCGUCAGCCGAGGGUGUGAAGAUGGCCGACCGGCUGGGUGCUCACUGCUAUGUCGAGUGUUCAGCCCUCAAUCAGACGGGGAUACAGACAGUGAAACACAAACUAAUCCGUGCCGCCCAGGACAUAGGGCAAGGCAAGGGUGGAAUCGUUGGGGACGAUGAUCUGUCAGACUCUUGUACAAAAUGCGGCUGUCAAAUUGUUUGACUGCAGCCAAAGGCAGCGGACACACUAGCAUAUGCACACUCACUUGCAUUCACCCACAUUAAACACACUCACAUGCAUUUGAUGCAUCUGCACACAUGUGCAUGUGAGCAUGCACACGUGCAGGAUGUGGACACAUAUUUUAUUUUGUAUGAAAACUGUUGGAGGAGGGUUGGGUGGCUGGGAUGGGGGAGAGAGAGAGGGCAAACACGAGAAAUUGUCGGUGGGGGGGAAGAUGUGGUGGUGGUGGUGGUGAUGGUGGGAGACAGAAGGGCAAAGAAAGGAAUCUCUGAAAGAGAAAAGAAUUAAAGAACUGUGUGUAUGAGAGAGAAGGGGAGAGAGAGGGAGUGAAA